GUUCUUCUGGGCAUCACCGGCAAGGACUUUACCCUCAUCGGCGCCUCCAAAGCUGCCAUGAGAGGAGCCACCAUCCUCAAGGCAUCCGACGACAAGACAAGAGCGCUCAACAAGCACACUCUGCUGGCCUUCUCCGGCGAGGCUGGCGACACAGUACAAUUCGCCGAAUACAUCCAGCGAAAUGCCCAACUCUACUCCAUGCGCAACGAGACCGAGCUGUCACCCUCUGGCCUCGCCCACUUCGUCCGAGGAGAACUCGCCACCAGUCUACGAUCCCGAAACCCAUACAAUGUAAAUCUGCUCAUGGGAGGAGUUGAUCCCAUUACCGGGAAGCCCUCUCUAUACUGGCUGGAUUACCUAGCGUCGCUGGCGGAGGUGCCGUAUGCGGCACACGGCUAUGCGCAAUACUACUGCCUAUCUCUCCUCGACAAGCAUCACCACCCAGACAUUACCCUCGGACAGGGGAUCAAGCUCAUGACGAUGUGCAUAGACGAGCUCAAGCGUCGACUACCGAUUGACUUCAAGGGCAUGGUGGUCAAGGCGAUCAAGGCGGACGGAAUUGUCGACAUAGAAUUUGACGACGACCGGAUCGUGAAGAGUGCGUGA